AUGGAGCUAGCACCGCCGAUAGCCUGGCCCACGGGCCCUCCGCCAGUACACUACUCGCCCAUCACUCCAUACGGGACUGUUACGCCGUAUCUCGACGGCUCGCCAAUCUACACUUCUCGCCUCGCCUCGGCCGUCACAUCGCCGUCUCCGUUCUCCUCGACCUCCUCUGCGUCCCCUGCCUCACCUUUCCCGUCCUCUUCGUCCCCGCCGUCUGCCCCACCAUCCUCCUCAGUUUCUCCAUCUUCAUCAGCAUCAAUCGAAGCUGCUUCACAGCCUUCGGCGUCCACUUCAACAGCCAUGUCGUCCAUGUCGUCGUCGGCCGGUCAGCCACCCUCCUUCGCCUCCACCUCAGAGCAGCUAUACUGGAACGCAACCCUGACCCUCAACGAGACAAUGUCCUGCAACUCGUCCCGUCUCUCCGUCUCCCACUCUUGCUGUCAAUCCUCCUCCGGCCUCUUCGUCACCUCCAACGCUCCCUCCGCCCAAUUGGGGGGACAGUGUCGUCUUCCCCGUUCCGCUGAGGGUAUACGGGGGUGGGAAAGGUGUGUCCGUGGCCUUGGAGUUGGAUAUGCGAAAUGCAGUGCUCUGAAUCGGGUUAGGGAGGAUUGGGAGGGGACGUUGAGGGAUAGGGUUGGGUGGAAGGGCAAAAUCAAGGGGGAUGAGGAGGUGUGUACGGACUUUGGAGGGGUUGUUGUUGACGAUUGUUGUGGAGAGGUGGGCGGGGAGAUGGACAAGAAGCACGAUAAGAGGGAACAAGUUGGAGAGGGGGAGACUGCCCCAGGAGAAGACGCCAAGGAUGGUGGCAAGAAUGGAGAAGGGGGGAAGCCGCCCCCGUCCGGCCCGCCCCCACCCCCACCACGAGUCUGCAAGAUCCCCAAAUCCAAGCGAGGCGACUGGGACGCCUGCAUCGCAAACCACCAGACCUACUCGAUCUGCACCGACACUCCGCGCGUGUCCUCCGCCUCUCGAAGACGGCUCAGCCUCGGUCUUAUCCUACUCUCCGCCACUCUCUCCUCUUUCCUUCAAUUCGCUCUUGACGCCUGA